AUGUCCGCGAGAUAUGCGCACGAGAUGGGCGAAACGGCCUCCAUCCUUGGACGCAGGACGACAAUGAGCGGGGCAGCAGACGUGGGCAAGGUUGGCGAGACGGGCGACGUACAACACGAGAGCGAGGCGGUUGAAGUGAGCGACGUGGUGACGUUGAUGACGCAGGUGCGACACCAUUGGCACGGACGGGGUGACGGUGAGGGCGAGGGCGAAACAGGCAAAGGCGAUACGGGCGAGAUGGACGAGGCAGUCGAGACGGGACAGGCGGGCAAGACGGACGAGGCGGAGCACCCCAUCCUCCUCGUCCUUUCCGUCCUCCCCACCCUCCCCGUCUUUUCCUCCUGGCGCAACAGCCCCGAUGAGCACGUGAACGCGCCCCUCGCCCGCCGCUUCCUCGACGAGCUGUUGCGGCCCCCUUGGUCUUGGUGA